AUGGCCAUCGCCGUUGCCAACUGUAGCCAGACGCCUUCGGCUCUUGACAAGCAAAAGCAGAGCAUGUGGCAGCGAUUGGGUUGGCGGAAAUUGCUGGGCCGCGACGACCGAGAAUCCGACAGUCAAGAUGAAACUUCUGAACACUCACGCGCCAAACAUGACAACCUAACACGUCGAAUCUCGCGAAAGGUGGGUGUUGGUAUCCCCAAGAAACGACAAAGCUCCGACCUGGAACGACUGGCGCCUCGGGAACCAGAUCAUCGUCGUGCCCUAUCCGCCGACCGCCGUCCGAUGAGCGCACAACGAACUCGGACACGGUCUCCACCGCCAACCGACCCCAGACAAUCCGCACCCGAGAUUCAGUGGCUCGGCCCGCCCACAACCACGGUCGAUGAGAGUGAAAACGAUGGAAUGGCGAUUUCUGAUUGGGAUCCUUAUCCAGACCCCUAUCCAGACCCUGACCCUGAGUUAAACGACAUGGACAUGGAUAUGGAUAUGGAUAUGGACAUCUCAAAAGGGGAAUCGGAAGCGGAGGAUCCAAUCGAUUUGGAGAUGGAGCUGGAACAACGAUGGAUUUUGAAUCUCAGCAUGCACUUCCGAGAUCGCUCGGAACGCGAAAAGUUCUUCGUGACGUAUGCGGAGACGCCAAAUCGAUGGCGACGAGUGACUGUUUCCUGCGAUUACCGCGAUGCACCCCCCGGGUCCUUGGAGGAUGAAUUAAAGGGGCUCCGAUACCAACGCGACAAAUGCGCCCGAAUCUACGAAUCCAUUCGGGAAUCCUUGCUGGGAAUUCGGUUCUACGAUGGUGUCACAAAUUUGAAACUUGAAACCAGUGAUGGUCAAUUGCACGUCUUUGUGACCGAGGAUGUAAACGAGACCAUUCCCUACCCUCCAAUUUCUAGCAUUGGACAUUUGGUAGGCGCUCCGAUGGUCCCCGAACACAUGCUGCACUUCGAGUCACAUCUGUCUGGUUUUGUUUACAAGGUGAACUUCGGGGGCCGUUACUAUAUCAAGAAGGAAAUUCCAGGUCCGGACACAGUGGACGAAUUCCUCUAUGAAAUCAACGCUCUGCAUGCCCUGAACGGCAUCCCAAGCGUUAUCCAAACGGAGGGAAUCGUGAUCGACGAGGAACGAUGUGUUGUGAAGGGUCUACUGAUCAGUUAUGCCGAACAGGGUGCCUUGAUCGACAUUCUGUACGAGAACCACGGAAGAACGGAGUUUGCGCGACGCGAACGCUGGGCGAAACAGAUCGUCCAGGGACUCUGUGAGAUCCACGAAUCUGGUUACGUGCAGGGCGAUUUCACACUUGCAAAUAUUGUCGUGGAUGCGGCGGACAAUGCCAAGAUCAUCGAUAUCAACCGGAGAGGCUGCCCUGUGGGAUGGGAGCCGCCAGAAAUUGCCGCCAAAAUCGAGAGCAACCAACGCAUUUCCAUGUAUAUCGGCGUCAAGACAGAUCUUUUCCAGCUGGGAAUGACGUUGUGGGCACUCGCAAUGGAGGACGAUGAGCCAGAACGACAACCACGACCUCUUUACCUCAGCGAAGAUGCCAAGGUCCCGGACUACUAUCGGCGUAUAGUACAGAUCUGUUUAAGUCCCAAUCCACGACACAGAUUGUCUGCAAAGGAACUUCUUGUCAUGUUCCCCUCGAGUGUCCACACAAUGUGCAUCCCUGCAGCUCGACCACUGCAGAUCGUUCCUAAUCACCCUGGAUACUUACCCCAAAAUGACUACGACUGGUCCCAACACCCUCCGCCAAACUUUGGGAUGACUGAUCCCCGGGACAUGAUGCCGCAAGACGACCACUAUUACGCCAAGAAUGAAUUCUUGGAUGGCGCAUAUCGUGGCCUGCAGCAACCUAUCUUUGAUAAACGUGGUCUUGAAAAGCCAUCAACUGUCACGCUCGCAGAAGCAAAUGGGGACACGGCCUUUUCAUCCAAGCCCUCUUCCUCCUCCACCUUGAAUCAUCAUGAAGCGACCAACAAAGAUGGAUACCUCGACUACUCCCGCUAUCCCGACGAACCCUCGUACCACCUACCCUCUGAGAAUCAGGGAAAUGUCGCCGCCCCAGAUUCGUACGAUACCACGAGAAAGAAUGUCCAUGGUCAACCAAAAAAUCCGCUGGCUCUGUCAGAUGAACCGUCUGAUGCCAAUACUCCUAUCAGGGGCCAGCAGCCGCCCAUCACUCGAGACAUGUCGACUGGAUCGACAGGUCAACGCCCCAAAAACCUGCCUGCCCAUGCAGACAAUGUCACUUCUGCCUCUCUUGCUCCCAAAACUCCCCCGAAACCACAAGACGCGAAAUGGUCUAACCAAAAGGCCACCAAAGAAGACGAUAUUCUUAAAUCGUCUUGUCUAUCCAUCAACCCUGCCCUCUCCUCGCCUCAAACUCCGCAAGGCUCCCAGAGCGCCCCUACAACAACGAUCCCACCUUCUACACCAACUGAGCGAGAUGAUUCGAACAAACCUUUUACAAAAUCGACUGACACCAAGUCUACAUUCAGCGGAAGUUCACCCGCAAGAUCCCUGAUUGGCUCAGGUUCUUCCAUGAGUCCCAAGGCCGGCAUCACCGGCGCGUCCCUUGGACUUGGCACCAAGUUUCCGGCAGCUUCACCGUUUACGAAUAUGCUAAGACAGUCCGGGGGGCAACAAGGUUUCAAAUCGGCGGGUGUGAAGCCCACCACAACCUCAUACACCGCAACCUCGUCUGUUCAGCCCUCAAUCCCUAUCUCUACCCCCAAUCCGACACAAAACUCUGUCGUUGAUUCGAGUCGCACUACUCUCAACGCGCGAUCGAACAAUGCAGUUCCAACUCAAUCCAAGGCGAUGACCAUUGACGCCGUAUCUAGCCUGGCGUCUGACUUGGAGUCCUCGUCUUUACUAGGCUCAAGUUUACCGAUAAGCCCUGCUUCAGUGGACUCGGAUGUUGCACCAAUUACCCAGGCUGUGAGAUCGUCUGAUAUGAAGACCAGUGAGCUCAAUGCCCUCGACACCAAACCAGCAUGGACUAGUCCUCAGAAACCUGAGGCAUCAACCCUCGAUUCGAAAAUGCCUGUGAGCCUUGCUUCUAUCAACCCGACACCGAUUUCAAAGGUCGCGAAUGGGUCCUAUGUUAAGCCUACCGGAGCUCCUCCUACGCUUCUAAGAUCGCCAGACUCGACAUCUUCCCUGAUCGACUCUCGACUGCCUAUCAGUCCUGCGACUGUGAACUCUAAAUCUAUCGCAGAGGCCGUCAAUCAACCAUACACGCCACCUAUCAACACAAAGCAUAUAUUCCCAAGACCAUCGGACUCAGCGCCAUCUCUACUUAGCUCCAGGCUACCCAUCAGCCCUGCAUCAACAAACUCAGCCUCUGGAACAGAACAUGCAGAGCGACUUGCCCCGAAGCCUGCUUAUACGGAGCCAAUCUUAGCAAGGCCGUCAGACUCCAUCUCGUUGCUAAGUUCGCAGUUGCCGAUCAGUCCUUCCUUGGCAGACGCAGUGCCCGUGGCAACUUCUAUGGGCCAGUCAUCAAUCAUCCCGUCGACAAGCUCACCGACACUUCUCGAUUCAAGCUUGCCAAUCAGUCCUGCUUCGAUGAACUCAUUUACCCCCGCACAGGCCCCAAGCCAGUCACUAUCGAAGUCCAUGACGCGAUUUGAACCAGCAGAGUCACCAGACUCAUCUUCGCUCCUGUCUUCCAGCUUGCCGAUUAGCCCGGCAUCAGCGGAUUCAAAUCCCGCAGUGAUCAUGAACGCACCCCUCUACAAACCCGCCACUGAGGCUACAUUGGCCCAACCUUCCGACCAAUCAAUCCUCCUCAGCUCAAGCUUGCCCAUUAGUCCUGCUUUCGUAAACCCGGCCCCCAGCCCGGCUACCGCGGCAGUACCUGCUGCCCAUCGGGCACCUGCGAGCCAGGUGUCUCAUCCAGUUCGACACCGGCCCGCAACCUACUUCUCUCGGGCAGCCUCAUAG